GUAUUGGUGAGAGACAUCUGAAGAGAGUUUUCAGAGCGCGGGGACUCAUUCGGCGCAAGUCCUUUUCCGACUUGGCAGUUUUAGUAGAAUUCAUUAAUAACCAGCUACAGUCCUCUGGACAGCUUCACGGUUACCGAUGGAUGUACGCUAAAUGCAGAGAGCAUGGACUUCGUGUGAGAAAAGAAGAUGUGUGCUUUGUGUUGAAGGAAUUGGAUCCCCAAGGGGUGGCACUGAGGCAGGCAAGACGUCUCAGACGGAGAAAUUACUUUUCAAAGGGACCAAACUUCAUCUGGCACAUGGACUCCUACGACAAACUUAAACCAUAUGGAAUAUGCAUCAACGCAAGUAUUGAUGGGUUUUCAAGAAAAAUAAUCUGGCUUAAUGCUUACACAACAAGUAGUAAUCCAAAGGUGAUCGGGGGGUAUUACAUCGAAGCGGUGCAGCGUUUAAAUGGCUGCCCUAGAGUUGUACGUGGUGAUCUUGGAACCGAAAAUGGCCAUGUGAGAAGUUUCCAGCGUUUCCUUGUACCAACGGAACCAAACGAGACCCUUGACAGUUACCUGGAAGGAGCAAGUACAGCUAAUCAAAGAAUUGAAUAUUGGUGGCGUUUCCUUCGUAACCAGUGUGUGGAGUUCUGGUUGUCCCUUUUUGGAGACAUCAGAGACAACGGUUACUUUGAUGGUGGAUUUUUAGACAAAAACCUUCUUCAGUUUUGCUGCAUGGGGAUCAUACAGGAUGAGCUGGAUGAUACUGCCCAGGUUUGGAAUGCACACUCCAUCAGGCCAUCAAACAACAGAAAUGUCCCCAGUGGUCGACCCAAUGUGAUGUAUGCAUUACCUGAGCUCUACAGCUCUCUUUGCCUUGUUGAAGAGGAACAUGUUGAAAGUCCCAUCUGA